AAUCUAUGAUGUAAACAUGGUAGCUAAUUUCAGUUGGCGUUUUGACAGUUUAGCAGCACAAUGUGAGUGAACAUGUAAAUUAUUUAUGUAGUACAUUCGAAUUCAUGAACAAUUUAAGAGAUAACAAAGACAAAAGCCAGCCUGCAUUGGAGACCCAGUCCUCCAGCUUCCUUGGAGGACGACUGACUGGGUAAAUGAAAGUUCCAUGUCCCUCCUGGAAAUAUUUUCGCAAAUCAAGCAACGAAGGGACCACUUGCUGUGCGAGCAGGAGGUCGCCGAGAGGAAAUGGAAGCCACUGGUGCUGACGUCAGCCGCCGCCGUCGGCGUGGUCGCCGCCGUGGUCUACCUGGUGUACAAGUGGGCCACCGUCCCGCAGGACGUCCAACCUGACGACGAUUACUGCUCGCAGCGCCGCCAACCUGAUGAAGACGGCGGUCACUACUCCGCCGUGCGGGCGAGUGCAUUCAGGCCGGCCAACUUCUCCCAGGACGGGUCUCAGUGGCUGGAGGACGAGGAGUGCGUGGAGCUGCCCUCGUGUGUCGGCUCUCACCGGGAGUCGUCGCGCCUGCAAGAACACCAGUGGCUGGAGGGCGAGGAGCUCCCGGACCUGCCCUUCUGCGCCGGGUCGCCUCGCAACUCCACGUGCGUCAUGAGCGACGACCCGGGCGAGGACUCGACGCUCGAGCCCGGCCGGGCCAGCGCGGACGCGUCCCUCGAGUACAGCCGCGUCGAGGACCAAGGGCUGGACGAGUACUCGGUGCGCGUGAAGGGAGAGCGGCUGCUGGUGAGGCGCGUGCCGCCGGGCGGCGACUCGCUCUUCCUGGCGCUGGCGCACCAGCUUCACGGCCUCGACUUCGAGUCCCCGUGCCUGCAGGAGCGCGCCGCUGAGCUGCGCGCGCAGGCGGUCGCUCACCUCAGGGAGCACGUCCAGGUCUACUGGGACGCGCUACUGGACUCUGCGGAGAAGCACGGGGACAGGUACGCCGACGAGCAGCAGGACGAGGAGGCCGUGGUGGGCCGCUACCUGAGGGACCUGGCGACCCCUGGCUUCCCGGCGGGGCCCGAGUGCCUGGCGGCGCUCGCCGAGCUGCUGGCCGCCGAGGUGGCGGUAUACGUGCGGCGCGCGGGCAGGCACCUGGUGCGCAGCGUGGACCAGCCCGCGGCCCGGAGGCUGGUCCUCAGGCAGCGCCCGCAGCUCUUGGAGUCCGGGAGCCUCGUCGGACACUUCGACAGCGUGAUCGAGGUCGCGCCGGCCUGCAAAUAGUCGCGCUAGCCCCCCGCCAACACUAACCUCGAGCAACACGUUUCUUUUUUUUUUUUUGAACGCAACGCUUUUUUAAAAAAACACACCCGAAAAAAAAAUAUUUUAUAACCUUUCCUGCAAUACGCCAUUUUUUUUUUUUUUAAAAAGGGCAAAUAAAUUUUGAUAAGCCACUGUGUUACAAUGAAAUAAAUUUAUAAAUUCAAUAUUCA